AGGCAGAAACAGUUAGUCUUUAAGGUCAGACAUGAUGGAACAAGUUUGGAAAGGAUUGCUUCAAAAGUUUUGUCUUGUUCUGAGAAAGGAAAGUUUUGUUGUAUGGCAGUAGCAUGCAGAGCACCUCUGAGGACGUACAGCAGCUGGAGACAUGGGGGAAGGAUUCUACAUCAGCAAAGUGGUGGCACUGACCGGUCUGGUUAUAGCUGCUGCAGCUUUGGCGACCAUCAUAGCCCUCUCAGUGGUGUACAGUCAGGAGAGGGCAAAGAACCAACAGCUACUUCCAACCACGUCCGGACCCAACACAACCAGCACUCCUAGUACCACACCUUCUGGACCCAAAGAGCCAUGGGACUACUACAGGCUUCCAGGAAACCUUUCUCCUGUCUACUACAAUAACACCCUAUGGCCACGGCUACAGCCAAACGCCGAUGGUCUGUACAUCUUCACCGGACACUCCAGGGUGGUGUUCAGAUGUGUGAACAAGACGGACCUCAUCCUCAUCCACUCCAACAGGCUGAACUUCACCAAGUUUGAAGGAUUUCAUGCCAUACUUAAGGGUCUGGAUGGAGCUACAGCACCAACCAUGAAAGAGACAAAGCUGGUGGAACCCACCCAGUUCCUAGUGAUUCAGCUCAACGAGCCGCUGCAGCAGGGCAGCACGUAUGAACUCUACACAGAGUUUGUUGGAGAGCUGUCAGAUGACCUCGGAGGCUUCUACAGGAGCGAAUACGAUGAAGACGGCGUGAAAAAAGUCGUAGCGACGACUCAGAUGCAGCCAACAGAUGCCAGGAAAGCCUUUCCCUGCUUCGAUGAGCCAGCUAUGAAAGCUGUCUUCCACAUGACUCUGAUUCACCCUCAGGGGACGGUGGCUUUGUCUAACUCCAUGAACUAUGAGCCUGUCAACAUCACUGUGGACGGCGAGAGUUUAAUUCAGACCAGCUUUGAACCCACAGAGAUCAUGUCCACAUACUUGUUGGCUUUUGUUGUAUGUGAAUUUACCUACAUUGGAUCAAACCCGGAUGCAGAAGUUUUGAUCAGGAUCUGGGCUCGCAAGAAGGCCAUCGAAGAAGGCCAGGGAGACUACGCUCUGGAGAAGACCGGACCCAUUCUAGCAUUUUUUGAGAACUACUACAACUCUUCUUACCCUCUCAGAAAGUCAGACCAGAUCGCUCUUCCUGACUUCGCCGCUGGAGCCAUGGAGAACUGGGGUUUGAUCACCUACAGAGAGACAGCACUGCUUUAUAAUCCUGGAGUGUCCUCUAACGGGGACAAAGAGUGGGUGGCAACCGUCAUUUCCCAUGAACUGGCUCACAUGUGGUUUGGAAACUUGGUGACCAUGAGGUGGUGGAAUGACUUGUGGCUCAAUGAAGGGUUUGCCACCUACGUUUCUUACCUAGGAGCUGAUUAUGCUGAACCUAAAUGGAAUAUGAAAGAAUUAAUAGUCCUGAAUGAGAUUAUCGGGGUGAUGUCUGUGGAUGCUUCGGCUUACUCCCACCCCCUCUCCUCCAAAGAAGAGGAAAUCCUGAGACCAGACCAGAUCAAUCAGCUGUUUGACUCCAUCACCUACAGCAAGGGUUCAGCAGUCCUCCGAAUGCUCUCAGAAUUUAUCACAGAGGCCGUCUUCUCAAAAGGACUUCAUACAUAUCUAGAGGAGUUUCAGUAUAGCACCACAGGCUACAAGGACCUCUGGAAGCACCUGCAAAUGGCAGUAGAUAAAGCGGACAUACAGCUGCCCCAUUCUGUGGAGGACAUUAUGAACCGCUGGAUUCUUCAAAUGGGCUUCCCAGUGGUCACCAUCGACACCCGCACAGGAAAAAUCACACAGGAACAUUUCCUGUUGGAUCCAGAGUCUGUUGUAGACAGACCCUCUGAGUUCAACUAUGAGUGGUUUGUCCCUCUUACCUGGAUUAAGACGGGUGGUUCUGAACAGCAGUUCUGGUUUCUCAGCAAGGAAGUUACAAACCCAGAUUUGGUUGUUGGCGAUGCUGAUUGGCUGGUGGCCAACAUCAACAUGAAGGGUUUCUAUAGAGUCAAUUACGACGAGGCCAACUGGGAGCGUCUAAUUGCCAAGCUGAGCUCAAACGACGUUGAUAUGGACAUUUCUGUGAUCAACAGAGCUCAGAUUAUCGAUGACGCCUUUAAUCUUGCCAAGGCAAAGAUAAUAAAUACAACCUUGGCUCUGAGGACAACUACAUUCCUGAACAAAGAGUUUGAAUAUAUGCCCUGGGAGACGGCCAGACGCAACUUGAAUUACUUCUUCCUUAUGUUUGACCGCACUGAGGUGUAUGGUCCCAUGAAGGCCUAUAUAAGAAAGCAGGUAACCCCUCUGUUUCAUCACUUUGAGGCUCUCACUCUAAACUGGACAAAGAUCCCAGAGAAUCACACAGAUCAAUAUAAUCAGGUCAAUGCCAUCUCCUUGGCCUGCAGUGCAGGAGUGGAAGGCUGCAAAGAACUGACAUCUGGAUGGUUCAAAGAGUGGAUGAACAACCCUGCUGUCAACAACAUAAAUGUGAACCUGAAGUCUACAGUAUACUGCAAUGCGAUUGCAGCAGGAGGAGAAAAAGAGUGGGACUUUGCAUGGAAAAUGUAUAUGAAUGCUACUAUUGCCACAGAGGCAGAGAAGCUAAUGUACGCUCUGUCCUGCACCAAGGAGCCCUGGCUGCUAAACAGGUAUAUACAGCUUUGCUUGGAUCCAGAGAAGAUCCGGAAGCAGGAUGUUGCUUUUACUCUUGUUUACAUCGCACGUAACGCUAUCGGCCAUCCUCUUGUUUGGGACUUUCUUAGAGGCAACUGGGACUAUUUAUUGAAUGAAUAUGGUCGUGGAUCAAUUUCCCUUAGUAGAAUUCUGAAUGGACUGACUGAACGAUUCUCCACUCAGUUUGAAUACAAACAGCUGCAGCUGUUCAAAGAGGAGGUUGAAGCACAGCUUGAAUCAGCUGCUGGGGUUUUUGAUCAAGUGCUGGAGAGAACCAAGGCCAACAUUAACUGGGUGGCCCUGAACAAGAAGCAAGUGAAUCAAUGGUUGCUGGAGCAAACUUCAGAAAAGUUUUAAUCCAGCUGGUCCAUGCACCAAUGACAAACAAGCAUCAGAUUAAUUUGCAAAACUGUUCUCUGCCUCAAAGCAAAUAUUUGCAAAACAUGUUUGGAUGUAAUUUUUGAUCAAAUAAGACUAAAUAUUUUUGAUGAAGCAUUCAGGUAAAGUUCUUUUAUGAAAUAAAACGUAUUUUAAAACUAAA